CCGCAAACCUAGGCUAGAAUAGAACCGACGGACGGACGAGCGAAGCAAACUGUUGUCGAUCAAGAAAACCAAACAAACACUCUUCUCAUUCACUCCAUCAUUCAUCUUUUCAACUCUCAUUCUCAACCAGAACCUUAAACAUAGAUAAACACUUCUACGAACCAAAGACUGAUUAUUAGAUGGGUAAGAGUAGACCUAGGGCUGCAGAAAAGAAGGUUUUAGGGCAAGGAUCCAUUGUCUUAACGUCAACUUCAUCAUUAACUAUACCACCUGCACCUGUUUAUCACCCUACUGAACAAGAGUUUAAGGACCCAUUGACAUAUAUUUAUAAAAUCCGCCCCGAAGCCGAACAAUAUGGGAUCUGUAAGAUCAUUCCUCCACAGAAUUGGAAACCCCCUUUUGCCCUAGAUUUGGAUACUUUUACAUUUCCCACUAAAACCCAAGCUAUACACCAGUUACAAGCCAGGCCACCCGCUUGUAAUUCGAAAACCUUUGAGUUGGAGUAUAAUAGAUUCUUGGAGGAGCAUUGCGGGAAAAAGGCUGUGAAGAAGAAGGUGGUUUUUGAAGGGAAGGAGUUGGAUUUGUGCAAGUUGUUUAAUGGGGUGAAACGGUACGGGGGAUAUGACAAUGUUGUCAAGGAAAAGAAGUGGGGUGAGGUUUUUCGGUUUGUGAGGUCGGGUGGGAAGAUAUCUGAAUGUUCUAAGUACGUGUUGUCUCAGUUGUAUUAUGACAAUUUGUAUGAUUAUGAAAGUUAUUAUAACAAGUUAGAUCAGGUGAAAGAGAAGACUUGCAAGAGAGGAUUGCAAGUCGAGAAGAAAACGCUACAACAAAGUAGUAAGAAAAUUCGCGUUAAUGAAGCUGGUGAGAAAGUUAAAGUUAAACUAGAUGAAGUAAUUGGUGAAGAAUCAUACAAUCAGAUAUGUGAACAGUGCAGAAGUGGGUUGCAUGCAGAAGUAAUGCUUUUGUGUGAUCGGUGUAAUAAAGGAUGGCAUAUUUAUUGUUUAUCGCCGCCUUUGAAACGGAUCCCCCCUGGUAAUUGGUAUUGCUCUGAAUGCUUCAACUCUGAGAAAGAUAGCUUUGGUUUUGUUCCUGGUAAACAGUUGUCAUUGGAAGCGUUUAGGCGUGUGGCUGAUCGGGCUAAGAAGAAAUGGUUUGGUUCAACAUCGGCAUCAAGGGUACAAUUGGAAAAGAAGUUUUGGGAAAUAGUGGAAGGAUCUGUUGGUGAAGUUGAAGUUAUUUACGGAAGUGAUCUGGAUACUUCAGUUUGUGGUAGUGGUUUCCCGCGUGCAAAUGAUCAAAGGCCAUCAUCUAUAGAUGUUAACGAAUGGGAUGAAUAUUGUUCUAGCCCAUGGAAUCUUAAUAACUUGCCCAAAUUACAAGGGUCAAUGCUUCGUGCUGUUCACCAUAACAUUGCUGGUGUUAUUGUACCUUGGCUUUACAUUGGGAUGCUAUUUUCAUCUUUUUGCUGGCACAUUGAAGACCAUUGCUUCUACUCUAUGAAUUAUCACCACUGGGGAGAGCCCAAAUGUUGGUAUAGUGUCCCUGGUAGUGAAGCCAGUGCUUUCGAGAAGGUGAUGCGAAACACUCUUCCUGAUUUGUUUGAUGCGCAACCUGACUUGCUUUUUCAGCUGGUGACUAUGCUGAAUCCAUCUGUCCUGCAAGAACAUAACGUUCCAGUUUACAGCGUAUUACAGGAGCCUGGGAAUUUUGUCAUUACCUUCCCUAGAUCUUAUCAUGGAGGUUUCAACUUUGGUUUAAAUUGUGCGGAAGCUGUGAAUUUUGCACCCGCUGAUUGGUUACCUUAUGGUGGUUCUGGAGCGGAGCUUUAUCAGCAUUAUCGCAGACCUGCUGUUCUGUCUCAUGAAGAGCUUCUUUGUGUGGUAGUCAAGAAUGAUUUUGAUAGCAAUGCGUUACCUUACUUGAAAAAUGAAUUGCUUCGCGUAUACAAUAAAGAGAAGAGUUGGAGAGAAAGGCUUUGGAAAAAUGGCAUUAUUCGUUCUUCUCCCAUGCCUCCUCGAAAGCAGCCAAAUUAUGUUGGUGUUGAAGAGGACACAACAUGCGUAAUAUGUCAGCAGUUCUUGUAUCUUUCAGCUGUUGGUUGCAGGUGCAGGCCUUCUGCUUUCGUCUGUUUGGAGCAUUGGGAAAAUCUGUGUGAAUGCAAGCCCUCCAAACGCCAUUUUCUUUAUCGUCACACACUUGCAGAAUUAAAUGAUUUAAUAACUAUGAUGGAGACACAAAAUUCCGAGGAGACGAUCCAAAAAAGAAACACAAGAAAGCUUUUGACUUGUACCAAUGAGACACCCUUUAUAUCAAAAAAGGUUAAAGGUAGUCAGGUUACAAUCACACAACUUGCUCAAGACUGGCUCCUGAGAUCAUGUAAAAUUCUUCAGAUGCCAUAUUCAAGUGAUGCGUAUGCCCUUGCCUUGCAAGAAGCUCAACAGUUUCUUUGGGCUGGCUCUGAAAUGGAUCCCGUUAGAGAAAUGGCAAAAAACUUGGCUGAAGCUCAAAAAUGGGCAGAAGGUGUCAGAGCUUGUCUUUCGAAAAUUGAAUUGUGGCCGUCUCACCAUAAUUGUGAAAUGGAGAGGGUAAAGAUGGAAGAUUUGACCACUUUGCUUAACGUCACUCCCGUGCCUUGUAACGAACCAGGACAUCGAAAGUUAAAGGAUUAUGCAGACGAAGCAAAAGAGCUGAUUAAAGAAAUCUCCUCUUCUCUAUCAACAUCCUCCAAUGUUUCUAUUGUUGAUUUGGAAACCUUGUACUCCAAAGCUUGUGAGUCUGCUAUAUAUGUAAACCAAAGCGAGGAAUUAUUGACCAAGUUGACCGCUGUGAAGCUUUGGCUUCACACUGUGAGAAACUGCAUUUCAGAGAAAUCUCCUGGUAUAAUCGAGAUUGGUAUCAUCAAUAACUUGAAGUCAAAGAUUGUGGAACUACAACUCCAAGUUCCUGAAGUACCAUUGUUUUUGGAUUUUGCUAAGCAAGUUGAAUUAUGUCAAUCUCGUUGUAUCGAGAUGCUGAAAGGCUCUAUAACAUUGAAGAAUCUUGAAGUGCUCAUUCAAGAAUAUGACGGUUUUACUGUCAAUGUUCCCGAGUUAAAACUUCUGAAGCGAUAUCUGAGUGACGCUUUUGACUGGAUUUCACAUUUCAAUAACAUUUUGAAGGAUGUUCAUGAGCGUGAGGAUCAAGAAAAUGUUGUUAAUGAGUUGAUUUGUCUUGAGAAAGAUGGAUCAUUGUUGAAAGUACAAGUUGGCGAGUUGCUUCUUGUUGAUGUGGAGUUAAAGAAGGCUUCUUGCAGGGUAGAAGCUUGGAAGGUGCUUCGUAGUAAAUUGCCUUUGGAAUCUAUUCAGCAAGUAAUGACUGUAGCCACCAAGCUACAAAUUGAGAAUGAGAAGGUGUUCAAGAAAAUUUCUGAUGUUCUUGCACAAGCUGUGUGUUUGGAAGAAAAAGCAAAACAUAUUCUUGCUUGUGAGGUUCAAAUGUCUGAUUUUGAAGACGUUGUAAGGACGUCAGAGGAUGUCUGUGCACUUUUCCCUUCGCUCGAUGGUGUCAAGAAAGCUUUGUCAAUGGCAAAAUCAUGGUUAACGAAGUCUAAACCAUAUUUAGUUUCUGAUCUCUCUGUGACGCCAGUUGCAAGUUCUUUGCUUAAAGUUGACGACUUGAAGGAGUUGGUUUCGGAAUCAAAGUUAUUGAAGAUGUAUUUGGAAGAGCGGGUUUUGCUUGAAGAUGUCUUACAGAAAUAUACGCAAUGGGAGCGUGAUGCGUUUUCUGCUCUAAAUGACGCUGAGUUCUAUUUGAAUAUUCUUGAUGUGGGUGAUAAGAUUUCGUUUGAUGUUAUCUCCACAUUUAAAGAUCAUGUUACCAAGAUGGAAUCCAUAAUGGAAAAUGAGUUGCCACUCCGGUUCGACUCUAUUGUGAUUCCAAAACUACGAGAGACUUGUGCGUUUUUCAAUUGGUGUUCUAAAGCCCUAAUUUUCCGUGAUAGUGUUCCCACACUCAAGGAGGUUGAAUUGUUGUUGGAUGAUGCCAAGUGUUAUCAUGUUACAUAUGCAGAUCGUUCUUUUUGGAAGUCAUUGAUUGACGGGUUCGAUUGGCUUAAGCAAGCUGUUGAGAUUCUCGGUUCGUGUAAUGUUAAAAGAUUUAAUUUGAUUGAUGUUGAAGAAGCUUUGAGACAAUCUAAGAUGAUUAAAAUAUCUUUUCCAUUGAUUGUUGACCGAUUACUGGAUGCUAUCAAGAGACACAAUGUAUGGGUGGAGGAAGUGAAUGCAUUUUUCGGUCGCAGCACUGGAGACCGAUCAUGGUCUUUGUUACUGCAGCUCGAGGGGUCUGGCAGUACUAAUGCUUUCAAAUGCAUGGAAGUCGACAUGGUUUUAUCUGAAGUGCAAAGGGUCAAAGAGUGGAAACAAAGAGCUGUAAAUAUUGUUGGGUGUAAAGUUGGUGAUGAUAAUCUGCUACUUGAUGCUCUCUCUCAGAUAUUAAAUUCUCUAGACAAAUCAUUGUAUGUGUAUGAGAAGCCUGACGACUGCAGUCAAACUUGUUUGUGCAUGUUCUGCUUAAAUGACUCUCAAACUCAGGAACUCUUAACUUGUUCUGUGUGCAUGGAUUCGUACCAUAUGGGUUGCAUAAAACCAAGUGUAGGUGGUACAAGUCAUGUGUGUCCUUAUUGCCAUAUCAUUGAGUGUGGCAAAGUCUCUCGGAUGAAAAUUGAUGCAAAACGUCCCGAGUUGGAUAUGUUUAUGGAGCUUAUGUCCGAUCCUGAUAACUUAUGUGUGGAGAUUGAGGAAAAGACGAUAAUACAUCAAGUCAUUGAGAAAUGUCAAGCCCACAAAGCUCGCUUAACUGAAAUUGUAGAAUUCUCUUUGGCUUCUUUAGGUGAAGACUUGAGUGUGGUUGUUAGGAAACUGUCAACCGCAUUAAAGGCAGUAGAAGUGACGGGGGUGUAUGACCGUGAAAGUAAUUGCAGAUUUGAGGUUGCAUUAGCUAGACAUUCAUGGAGAGUUCGAGCAUCUAAGCUCUUAAAAGGUUCACAAAAACCUUCAAUCUACCAGGUCCAACGGAUAUUGAAAGAGGGUCACACUAUAAACAUUGCUUUGGAAGAUUAUUAUUGGCAUAGACUUGAGACAAUGAAGCAAAUUAGUUUGCAAUGGGCAAUGAAAGCCAAAAAGGUUUCAGCAGAUUCUGGUGCACUUGAAUUGCCCAAAGUGUUUGAACUUAUAGCUGAAGGAGAAAAUAUUCCAGUGCACUUUGAUAAGGAACUUAAGUUAUUGAGAGAACGCAGUAUGCUUUACUGCAUAUGUAGGAAACCAUAUGAUCAGAGACCGAUGAUUGCUUGUGAUAAAUGUGAUGAAUGGUAUCAUUUUGAUUGUAUUAGAUUAUCAUGGGCACCAAAAACGUACAUUUGCCCUGCGUGUAAGGUUGAUACAGCAGAUGACUUUAAAUGCACUUCGUCGUCAGGUGCAGAAGAAAGGUCUAAUGGUGAAUGUGAAGAGCCUCAAACACCAUCUCCAAGACCAAUAGAGUUGAGAAGGGAAGCUGAAAGCAAUGGCAACAUUAGUACAAAGAGACGUAGUGGCAUUGAACGCCUUCUAUGGAGAAACCGAAAGCCUUACAGAAGAGCAUCUAAAAAACGCGUAGAGCUUGAUGUUUUUUCUCCAUUUUUUCAUGUACAUUGAUAAAGUUAGUAAUCUUGGGUUAAAUGGAAAUUUGAUCAUUUAAUUCAUUUAAUUGACUAGGUUUUCAUCUUUAUGUAGUAGCUUUUCUGUUAUUUAUUUUUCUUUUUUUAGGCUUAAGGCGAUCAACUAGAUUUUUCAUCUCAAAAGUCUUGUUACUUGUAAUGUUAUUUGAACAUUUUUAUUUUCCCCACAAGUGUAAUGAACCCAAUUGCUUUUGGAUGAACUACAUUAUAUAUGUCGGAUUUACCCUUUUA